AUGGGUGGACAAGAACACCAAGGGAAAGAAAGUGCCUCAUAAAGUGAUGCGUUAUUUUCCUUUAACCCCUAGGUUAAUGCGAAAAUAUGCAUCGAGGCACAUUGCUCAACAUAUGAGAUGGCAUCACGAGCAACGUAUAAAAGAAGAUGGUGUAUUGCGUCAUCCUGCUGAUGGGAAAGCUUGGAAGGACUUUGACCGAAAUAAUCCAACAUUUGCAAUGGAACCCAGGAAUGUGCGUCUUGGAUUGGCUGCAGAUGGAUUCAAUCCCUUUGGUAAUAUGAGUCUGUCUUAUAGUAUGUGGCCGGUAGUGUUGACGACAUAUAACUUGCCACCAUGGUUGUGCAUGAGAGAAACUAAUUUCAUGUUGAGUUUAUUAAUUCCGGGACCUCAUUCGCCAGGAAAAGAUUUUGAUGUUUUCUUAAGACCAUUGAUUGAUGAGUUAAAAGAAUUAUGGGUGACUGGUGUACAGACUCGAGAUGCAGUCGAUGGCAGUUUCUUCACUCUUCGGGCAGCUUUGAUGUGGACUAUAAACGAUUACCCAGCAAGGAGUAGCCUUUCUGGAUGGACUGCUCAAGCGCCUCCAAGUAAACGUGGACGCCAUAAGGGAUUGAACACGCGGGAAAAGAGGGAACAGUUGGGGCGUCCUCUCCCUCUCGAGUGGGAUGUGCGGGGGAGAACAUAUAAAGAGAUCGGAGAGUACAGCUCAAAUUUCUCAAGAGAGCUCGGAUUACUUGUUCGACAGUACACAGAUCCGGACUGUCCUCAAUGGUCAAAAGUACCAAAUGCCUCGAAAGAAAGAAUACUUGCACAUUUGGAAGUAAGUAGUUUAUGUAUUUUUAUGUUAAUUCUCAUUUUAUGUUAUAUAUGAUAUUUACUAAUAAAUGUUUGUAAAUUAGGAUGAUUUGUUUGAUAUUGGGCGUACUAGAUAUGGAGAAGGGCAUAUGCCUGGGAUCUUGAGAGGCAUUGAUACUUCGUGUGCUAAAAAGUAUUCUGACUGGAAGUACGAUAUUAAAGAGCA